AUGUCGAGAGCCAAGAGGUUGAUGAAGGAGAUUCAGUCUGUCAAAGAUGACCCAGAUGCCAAUAUUUCCUUAAGUUUUGUGAGUGAGUCUGAUAUUCACCAUUUGAAGGGAACCUUUUUGGGACCACCAGGAACCCCAUACCAUGGUGGAAAGUUUGUAGUUGAUAUCCAAGUCCCAUUAGAAUACCCGUUUAAACCACCAAAGAUGCAAUUUGAUACGAAAGUUUAUCACCCUAACAUAUCUUCAGUGACAGGAGCCAUCUGCUUAGACAUUUUAAAGAACUCCUGGUCACCUGUACUUACUUUGAAAACCUCUUUAAUUUCCUUACAAGCUUUGCUACAAUCCCCUGAACCAAAUGACCCUCAAGAUGCUGAAGUUGCCAAACAUUAUUUGAGUGAUAGAUCAUCUUUUGAUAAAACUGCCGCACUUUGGACAAAGACAUAUGCAUCGGGUGAAACUGGAAACGACGAAGAAGCACAACUAUAUGGUAUCGACAAGAGUCUAGUGGACAGUAUGGUAAACCAAGGGUUUUCGAAGGACAAAGUCGUUGAAGUCUUGAGGAGAUUAGGUAUCAAGUCUAUGGAUAGUGGCGACCACAAGAAAGCUAAUGUAAUUUUAGAAGAAUUAUUGAAGUGA